AUGUCAAUCUUCCAAGCAUUUACACCCGAAGAAGUAGAAAGUAUUCGUUCUGUUGUAAUGAUAGGACACCAGAAUGAUGAAAUGCUUCUUACAAAUUGUACAAGGAGGCCGAUUCAAGAAACACGAGCAUUUAUCAAGCGAUUUAAGAAAUAUUUAAUGUAUCCACAAACACCUUCGUCAGAAAUUGCUGAUAUGGCAAAUAAACAAUAUGUCGCAAUUAUUACUGCUGCACGAGCAAAAAAUAAAAUGCAUCCUCAAUCAUUAUCAAGCGCGCAUUCUAUGGUUAACUUAGCAUUACCUCUAUCUACAUCAAAAGAUUCUCUACCAUUAAAAUUUAGAGUUAAAUUCGGCCGAUUUGAUAACGAAAACGAAAUUAAUUUUCCGAAACCACCAAUUCCUACUCGUUCUAGAUCAGUUUCGAACGAUCUAAAUAGAGAAAUCGACGAACCUCCAUUAAAGAGAAUAGACAUACCUGUUAUUCCCCCAUCAAACUUCAAGUUCCCUCACGCAGUUCGAAAUCCUGAAGAAGUUACUCCAGGAGAACUUGCUGCGGUUCUUAAAAAUACAGACGGGCCAACAAUUAUAUGUCGUGUCAUUGCUCUGAAAACUAUCAACGAUACACCACACGCCCU